AUGGCUCAAAAUGGAAUACAAAACCAUAUGACAGAACACCUACAAGUAAUUGGUGAAGAACAAACAUUCACGACUGACUUGUCGAGCUCGAUCAAAAAUUGGGGUUUACUCAAAAAGGGUUUCAACUACGACUUAGCCGCAGUAUUCGGAUCAAAAUCGAGUGGAAAGAGUAACCUUUUGAACCAUGUGUUUGGUACUACAUUCGAGGUCAUGGAUGAGGCUGGUUGGCGUCAAACCACCAAAGAGCAUGAAGUAGGGAUUUACCAAGGCGCUAACAUGAGGUUACUCAAGACAGUCUUUGAGGUCGACCUAGCAUUGUUCCAAGCAAACAAAGCAAAACAAAAGCAAAAUCCCCCUUCUAACUCUGAUCACGACAAAACCAAUCUAAUCUUUGUCAUCCGUGACCCCUUUGGGGUCACACCUCUCUCAUACCUGGAGAAAACAAUCACAGGCGAUUUGAAUCGAAUCUGGGACGGAUUGGCAGAUGUACUGGUCCCAGAGCUCUUCGGAUCGAGCAUUCGGACUCAUCCACCUUGUACACAUCUUUUUGCUCGAUUCUCAGCCAGAAGGUACCAAAAACUCCCGGAUUAUAGGUUACUUUGA